AUGUCAUCAUCCAGUGAGGAUGGCAGUGUGGUAGGCGUGUGGUUUCACAGCUUCAAAAAGACGGACAGAGAGCCCCGGACUUCCUGUUCACUGCUGCUCAAAGAGCUCGCUUCACAGGGCUUUUUUUUGAAAGAUCUCGCUGACAGCCGACAAGGAAGCAACAAAAACAGACCCUCUUAUCUCAUCUCCAACCCUGCUGUGACCAUUGGAGAGAUGACCGUAUGUUACAUCCUGGAUGGGAUUCUAAUCCUUUAUGGCAUCAUUCUCACCGUCUUAUACUGCAGACUGAGGAUGAGUUCGUCCGACAAAGAACCUCCCAAUCCCGCUGAGAAGAAGCCCGCUGAGGGAGGCAUCUAUGCGGGUCUUACCUCUCACAGCACUGAUACCUAUGAGACCAUUAAAAUGGAUAAAAAACCAGUCGUCUGAUCGAUAGAGGAUUUGGUGCAGAGAGGACGCUGAACACAAAAACAAAGCUUUAUACUGUAUAUUACAUUGUAUGUUAAGAGUUUCUACAUCCCUUUUCCUUUUGUAAAAUAUAACUUUUAUUUCUAAACUUUGCAUGUAUUAAAUGUUAAACUAAGCUAAUUUAACAGUUUACUAAUAGAAGCUAAGUCAGUGUGUAUUCACUGCACAUCAUUCUGUGUUUCACAGCUGGUUUCACCCAAGUUACGAAAAAAGAGAAGUUUAAAUUUAUCUUUUGUUUCUGUUCAUGUGUUCCCUUUUUGCUUAAGUGUUUUUACUUCACUUUAUGUGAAAAUCUAGGAGUGCAACAUAUAAUUAUUUUUUUAUCAGCAAUUAAUCUGCUAAUAAUCUAUAUUAUAUAUAUAUUAAUCAAAUGCCCAUGAUGAUUUCUUAAAGACCAAAGGUCCAGAUUGAAGGAUUUAGAGGCAUCUAUUAGUGAUGUUGCAGAACUGAAACUUCUCCUGUGUGGGAUACUUGCAGUGGCCAACACAGAAAUGGAAAAACACGAGCGGGCCUUUGCAGAGGCAGUGUCUUUUUUUUGUUUUGUUUUGUUGGUCUGGGCUACUGUAGAACACUCACACUAAUGAAAACAUGCCAGUAGAUGCCCCUAAAUCCUACACACUGGACCUUUAAUUGUUAUAGAUUUCUGUGAUAUGCUGUAUGUUUAUUGCAGAAUCCAUAGAUCCAUGAACAUUGUAUGUUACAUGUUAAUUUUGUUAGCUUUUGUCUUAUCUCAAUUUUUGAAGGAAAUUUAACACCAUACUUUCAGUGUUCAAUGUUCUGUGACAAUAAAUACAUGUAUAACAGCAGAAGUAUAACAGCA